AUGUUCCCUGAACGCAUCUCAACUUGUCACUACAGUUACUAUAGCAACGCUGAAUUACCCGGGAUAGCUAACGUUGGCCACAUGAAAACAGUGUUGUGGACAUAUAAACGUUGUUAGUAUUUUAAAAAUGGAGGAUCGCUUUGCCUUUCUUACUGAAUGGUACGACCCAACUGCUGCUCUCCUGCGGCGCUACCAACUGUUCUACUACCCCAAAGAUAGCUCAGUGGAAAUGUUUGAUGUAAAAAAUCAGAGAAUAUUUUUGAGAAGGACAAAAUACGAUGACCUCCAUCAAGAGGAUCUGUUUGUUGGGAAUCGAGUGAAUGUGUUCUCACGACAGCUGAAUUUGAUCGACUAUGGAGAUCAGUACACAGCAAACAAACUUGGCAGCAAAAAAGAAAGAACACUUGCCUUGAUAAAGCCGGAUGUAUUGACAAAGAUUGGAGACGUCCUUGAAUUGAUUUACUCCUCCAACCUGAUUGUGACCAAAGCCAAAAUGACAAAGCUAACAUGGAGCCAAGCGGCAGACUUCUAUGCAGAACAUCAGUCAAAGCCUUUCUUUAAUAACCUGGUGCAGUUUCUGUCCUCGGGCCCUGUGGUUGCCAUGGAGCUGAUGGGUGAUGAGGCCAUGUCUAUCUGGAGGAGGCUCCUGGGACCUGCAGACUCCGCUGUGGCACGGAAGGAGGCGCCGCUGAGUGUCCGUGCCCAGUUUGGAACAGAUGGCAUCAAAAAUGUUGGACACGGUUCUGACUCAGUUGCUGCAGCAGCAAGAGAGCUUGAAUUUUUUUUCCCAUCUACAAUUGGCCACGGUCCCUCAAAUACGGCCAUCUAUACAGACUGCACAUGCUGCAUCAUCAAACCUCAUGCCAUAUCAGAAGGACUAGCUGGGAAGAUCCUGAACUCCAUAUCUGCUGCUGGAUUUGAAAUUUCAGCCCUGCAGAUGUUCAAUGUUGACCGGGCAAAUGCAGAGGAGUUCUAUGAGGUCUACAAAGGUGUCGUCACAGAGUAUCCUAAUAUGGUGACUGAGCAGUGUUCUGGACCCUGCAUGGUUCUGGAGAUCACUGGCACCGACGCACCGAAGACAUUCAGAGAUUUCUGUGGGCCUACAGAUCCAGAAAUUUCACGACACCUCCGUCCUAACACUCUGCGAGCUCUGUAUGGCAAAGAUAAAGUGAAGAACGCAGUCCACUGUACAGACCUCCCUGAAGACGGUGUUCUGGAGGUGCAGUAUUUCUUCAAGAUUAUGGACGGGUGAAUGCAAAGGAGAAAACACGUUACUCAAAGACUUCACAGUUGUCUCAUUUGUCUGUUUAUUGUUUCAGCCUUAUGCAGAUUAAAUAAAGUGACAAGAGCAGA